AUGAGGCUCCUUGAGCUCUUUUCGGGCACGGGGUCGAUCGGGCGCGCUUUCCGGGACAGGGGCUGGGAGGUCGUUUCCGUGGACCUCGAUCCCAAGUUCGAGCCCACCGUCUGCUGCGACAUCAUGGAGCUGGAUGAGACUUCUUUGGGGCACUUCGACAUGGUCUGGGCCAGCCCUGUGUGCACCGAGUACUCCCAGGCGCUGCGGAAGAGGCCCCGCAACCUCGAGGCGGGGGACCGCCUCGUGCUACGAGCGCUCGAGGUCAUCCGCAACCUGCGCCCGCAGUGGUGGGCCUUGGAGAACCCGCAGACGGGGCUGCUGAAAACUCGACCCUUCAUGCACGGGCUGCCCUUCUCGGACGUCUGCUACUGCAAGUACGGGUACCGGUACCGGAAGGCCACGAGGAACCUGCCUUGGCGGCCCUCGGAAGCCAUGUGCCUCAAAGACAGCCGCUGCGCCGCCUUCGCGGACGGCAUCCACCCCGAGGCAGCACAGCGGGGGACGACCGCCGGCCGCCGCGGUCAGCAGAGCCAGCCGCAGCUCUACAGCAUGCCUCCGCGGCUUUGCGAAGUCAAACUCUUCCCGACGCCCAAGUUCCAGGUGCAGCAGCCCCGCGACCCCGUGGUGCCCAGGCUGCCGGCGAACGGCGUGCUGGUGGGUCCGAGUCGCACAGGCAAGACCGUGCUCCUCGUGUCCAUGAUCUUGGAGCAGUACAGAGGCUGCUUUUCCCGCAUCUACAUCAUGUCACCUUCCGUGGACAUAGAUUCUGCCUGGGACCCCGUGAAGGACUACAUUCGCGAGGAGCUGGGCGUCGACACAGACCGUGAGCAGGCUUGGUGGACCGAGUGGGACGAGGACGCGCUGCGCCGCAUCAUGGAGCAGCAGAAGCGGAUCACACAGCAGUCCAAGCGCCUGGGCAUGAAGAAGCUGUACCAAGUUUUGCUGGUACUCGACGACGUAGCGGACGCCAAGGGGGUCCACAACAGGACCGGGGAUGGCAUGCUGGACAAAUUGUACAUCAGAGGCCGCCAUUACAUGAUUUCAACGUGGACCAGCACCCAAAAGCUGCGACUGAUGAGCUCGGCGGUGCGGGUGAACAUCAUGUUCGCUUGCGUUUUCCGGCUGCGGAACCGCUUGGAACUGGAAGCUCUAGUGGAAGAAUUGAGUGCGCUCGUAGACAAGGAGACGCUUUACGGGAUGUAUGAGGAAGCCACCAGGGAGAAGUACUCUUUUUGGUACGUCAACCUGCUGGCGCCCAAAGAGGAGGCCUUCUGGGUGCGCUUCGAGCGAAAAUUCGUGCUGGACGGCGCCGCGGAGCCCGCGCAGCCCGCGGAGCCCCAGCAGCCGGUAAAUGGGUGCGCAUCGCAGACGCGUUUCACGCACCUCUACUGGAUCGACGUGGCCCUGGGCACGCUGAACACGGCGGAGCUGCCCGUGGGCGCCUACACCGGCGCGCGGCUGGCGGCCUGGAUCUCCUCCAACUUCGCAGCCGCCACCUACGUGGAGGCCACGAACGCCGUCGAGGUGGCCUACGACUCGAACCGCCGCAUACUCUCGGACGCGGAGCUGCGGGACCUGUUCCCGAACGGCCCGGGGUACCCCCAGGGCGCCUCCGCUACCCGCCCCCAGAGCAUCAACCACCUGCUGGGCGGCAGCUACCUGGACGGCGCGCUGCAGAUCUUCCUGUGGGUGUCCAUGAACGCCUACAACGAGGUCUACCUGCGGUGCCGGGAGCUGGGCAACGCGGCCCACAUCCUGGGCCCCUUGGGGACGGACAUAAUUUGCAAGGUCAUCGUGGACCGCGGCGUGGGGCACGUCAUGAAGGACCAAACCGACGACGGCCACUUCGUGGAGCUCAGGGGCCCGAUCACGCUGCGGUCUCUGAAUUUUCGGCUGACGGACGUGAAUGGCAACGAGGGGACCCACGCUGGCAUGGCCGAUGAGCCAGAGCCCACGCAGCAAGAGCCCCAGCAGGGUGCUCCGGAGGCAGCAGGCGCGGAGGAACCUGCUGGAGCAGCCGAGCUGGUGGGAGAGGCUCCUGCAAUGGCUGAUCCCGCCCCCGCUCCCCCUGCCACACCUCGCCCUGGGGUGGUGGCCGUGCCCGCCGCUGAGGACGCCGGAGCACCAGUGCCCAAGCGCAGGGGCCGCCCGGCCGGUUCAAAGAACAAGCCCAAGCCGCCGGCGACGGUUCCCGCCGCCGACGCUGGGGGAGGCGGUCAGCCGCAGCCGGCGAGCGCGGUUCCUGCUCAGCCGGAGCCCGAGCCGGAGCCCAAGCCGAAGCAGCGCCCCCUCCACCUGACGCCCUCGCAGGUGCGCAUGAUGCGCCAGAUCAGCCGGCAGAUGAUGCCCCUGGAGCGCCGCAACGAGCCCCAGAUGCUCAGGAGCUUCUGGCAGAAGUACCCGAGCUACAACGUGAAUCCGCUGCUCCACAAGCGCUACAACGAGCUCCUGGAGGCCCGGGCCUUCAACAAGUGGCUCGAGGAGCGCCGGACGCGCAAGGAGGGCGAGGAGUACACCGACGCGGUGGGCCGGCUGACGGAGGCCGUGAACCGCCGGGUGCCCCAGCUGCGGUACGCCCCGGCGGAGCGGGCGGGGGUGCGGCGGAUGGCGAGGGACGUCGCGGCGGGCAGGAACACGGCGGACAGCGGCGUUCACGGGGGCAUGCUGUAA